UGAUCCCUCUUGGGGCCUGCAGUCAUGAGGCUCCUCUGGGGCCUUAUCUGGGCGUUCAGCUUCUUUGCCUCAUCUCUGCAGGAGCCCAGGUUGCUCCUGUUUGCUCCUUCUGUGGUUCGCCUGGGGGUCCCCCUGUCAGUGGGGGUACAGCUCCAGGAUGCUACCCGGGGGCAGGUGGUGCAAGGGUCAGUGUUCCUGAGGAAUCCAUCUGAGAAUAAUGCUCACUGUUCCCCAGAAGUGGCCUUCACCGUCAGUUCAGAAAAAGACUUCGUACUCCUGAGUCUCCAGAUCCCCCUGAAAGGGGAGAACUGUGGCCUCAGUAACCUCCACAGAGGCCCCAAUAUCCAGCUGAUGGCCCAGUCAUCAUGGUUGACACAGGCUCUGUCAAGAAAAACAGACACUCAGGGCAUCAACCUGCUCUUCUCCUCUCGCUGGGGACACCUCUUUGUGCAGACUGACCAGCCCAUCUAUAACCCUGGCCAGCGGGUUCGGUACCGGGUCUUUGCUCUGGAUCAAAAGAUGCGCCCAGCCACUGACAUCCUCACGGUCACUGUGGAGAACUCUCAUGGCCUCCUUGUGCAGAAGAAGGAGGUGUUUACGUCUUCGUCCAUCUACCAGGGUGACUUUGUGAUCCCGGACAUCUCAGAGUCAGGGACCUGGAAGAUCUCAGCCCGCUUCUCAGAUGGCGUGAACUCCAACAGUAGUACCCAAUUUGAGGUGAAGAAAUAUGUUCUGCCCAACUUUGAGGUGAAGAUCAUCCCUGAAAAGCCCUACAUCCUAACAACACCUGAUUUUCUUGAUGAAAUCCAGUUAGACAUCCAAGCCAGGUACAUCUAUGGGAAGCCGGUGCAGGGAGUGGCCUAUGUGCGCUUUGGGCUCUUGGGUGACAAUGGUAACAAGACUUUCCUUCGAGGACUGGAGAGUCAAGUCAAGCUGGUAGAUGGCCAGUGCCACAUUUCCCUCUCAACGCCUGAGGUUCAGGGCGCCCUGAAAAAGCUUGAUAUCACCCACCUGCCAGGGCAGCGCCUCUAUGUCGCGGCAGCUGUCAUCGAGUCUCCAGGGGGAGAGCUAGAGGAGGCCGAGCUCACAUCCUGGCGUUUUGUGUCCUCUCCCUUCUCCGUGGAUCUUAGCAACACCCAGCGACACUUCGUGCCAGGGUCCUCCUUUCUGCUGCAGGCCCUGGUCCGUGACAUGUCGGGCUCCCCAGCUUCUUAUGUUCCUGUCAAAGUUUCUACCACGUUGUCUUUCCCUGAUUCUGCUUCUAUAACCCGAAACCAUGAAGAGCACACAGACAGCAGCGGCCAAGUCAUCAUUCCUAUUGUUAUCAAUCAGAAGGCCUCAGAAGUGCAGUUCUUGGUGUCUGCAGGCUCUCCCAAUCCAGCCAUAGCCAGUCUCCUUGUGAAAGCCCCCAGCUCGGGAGGCCCUGGAUUUCUGUCCAUUGAGAGGCUUAAUCCUCGACCGCCUCGUGUCGGAGAUACUCUUAACCUGAACCUGCAAACCGUGGGUGUCAGUCAGCCCAGCUUCCCCUAUUACUACUACAUGAUCAUAUCCAGGGGCCAGAUCAUGAAGGUGAAUCGAGAGCCCAGGCGGACCCUGACCUCAGUCUCCAUAUUUGUGGACCAUGACCUGGCACCCUCCUUCUACUUUGUGGCCUACUUCUACCACCGGGGCCUCCCAGUGGCCAAUUCCCUGAGAGUGGACGUCCAGACCGUGGACUGUGAGGGCAAGGUGGAAUUGAAGGUGGACGAGAACAAGAAUUAUCUUCCUGGGGACCAAAUAAAGCUUAAGCUGCACACGGAUUCUCCAGCUCUAGUGGCUCUGGGAGCUGUGGACACGGCUCUGUAUGCUGUGGGUAGCACAUCCCACAAACCCCUCGACAUGGCUAAGGUCUUCGAAGUUAUGAACAGCUAUAACCUUGGCUGUGGUCCUGGGGGUGGGGACAAUGCCCUUCAGGUGUUCCAGGAUGUGGGGCUGGCCUUUUCUGAUGGAGAGCGCUUUACCAAAGCCAGAAAAAGUCUAAGCUGUCCCAAGGAGAAUAAAACCCGGAAAAAAAGAGACGUGAACUUCCAAAAGGAGAUGAGUGAGAAGUUGGGCCAGUAUUCUUCCCCAGUGGCCAGGCGCUGCUGCCAGGAUGGGCUGACACGGCUGCCCAUGAUCCGCACCUGUGAGCAGCGGGUAGCCCGCGUGGGAGAUCCGGCCUGCAAGGAGCCCUUCCUGUCCUGCUGCCAGUUUGCUGAGGCCCUGCGCAGGAAGGCCCGGGCCAGGGAGCCCGGGAGCCUUGCCCGAAUCAUGGAGACGCUGCAGAAGGAGGACCUGAUUGAGGAAGAUGAAAUUCCUGUGCGCAGCUAUUUCCCGGAGAACUGGCUCUGGAAAGUGGAAAGAGUGGACGGCUUCCUCCAAUUGCUACAGACAGUCCCUGACUCUAUCACCACAUGGGAGAUCCAUGGUGUGAGUCUGUCCAAAACCAAAGGCCUAUGUGUGGCCAAACCCAUCAAGAUCCAAGUGUUCCGAGAGUUCCACAUGCAUCUCCGCCUGCCUGUUUCCAUCCGCCGCUUUGAGCAGCUUGAGCUUCGGCCUGUCCUCUACAACUACAUGGAGAAUAAUCUGACCGUGAGCGUCCACGUGUCACCAGUGGAGGGACUGUGUCUGGCUGGGGGUGGAGGGCUGGCCCAGCAGGUGAUGGUGCCUGCAGGCUCUGCCCGGCCCGUUGGCUUCUCGGUGGUGCCUAUGGCGGCUGCUGCUAUACCCCUGAAGGUGGUGGCUCGAGGGCUAAGGGACACCCCUGUGGGGGAUGCAGUAUCUAAGAUUCUACAGAUUGAGAAAGAAGGGGCCAUCCACCUGGAGGAGAUUGUCUAUGAACUCAACCCCCUCGACCACAGAGCCCGGACCUUGGAAAUUCCUGGCAACUCCGACCCCAAUAUUAUCCCCGAUGGAGAUUUCAGUAGCUUUGUCAGGGUCACAGUGGAAGAUCCACUGGCCACUUUGGGCUCUGAGGGGGCCUUGUCACCGGGAGGCCUGGCCUCCCUCCUGAGGCUCCCCCAGGGCUGCGGGGAACAAACCAUGAUGCUCUUGGCUCCAACACUGACUGCUUCCCGCUACUUGGACAAGACAGAGCAAUGGAGCUCGCUGCCCCCCGAGACCAAGGACCAUGCUGUGGAUCUGAUUCAGAAAGGCUACACACGGAUCCAGCAGUUUCGGAAAAAUGAUGGUUCCUAUGGCGCUUGGCUGCACCGGACUAGCAGUACCUGGCUCACAGCCUUUGUGCUGAAGAUUCUGAGUUUGGCCCAGGAGCAGGUGGGCGGCUCCUCUGAGAAGCUGCAGGAGACGGCUGAGUGGCUUCUGUCCCAGCAACAGGGGGAUGGCUCGUUUGAGGACCUUCAACCAGUUAUUCACAGGGACAUGCAGGGGGGCCUGGUGGGCAAUGACGAGACCGUGGCACUCACAGCCUUCGUGGUGAUCGCCCUCCAGCACGGACUGGCUGCCUUCCAGGGCAAGAGUGCAGAGUCGUUGAAGCAGAGAAUGGAAGCUUCCAUUUUAAAAGCAAGCUCAUUCUUGGGGGAAAAGGCAAGUGAGGGGCUCCUGGGAGCCCACGCAGCCGCCAUCACCGCCUAUGCCCUGACGCUGACCAAGGCCCCCCAGGACCUGCAGGAUGUUGCCCACAACAACCUCAUGGCCAUGGCUGAGGAGACUGACAAUAGCCUGUUCUGGGGCUCCAUCACCGGUUCACAGAACAACAUCGUGCGACCCACCCAGGCUCCUCGAAACCCAGCAGACCCCGUGCCGCAGGCCCCGGCCCUGUGGAUUGAGACCACAGCCUAUGGCCUGCUGCACCUGCUGCUUCGGGAGGGCAAGGCAGAGAUGGCUGACCAGGCCGCGACCUGGCUCAACCAGCAGGGCAGCUACAAGGGGGGGUUCCGCAGCACCCAGGACACCGUGAUCGCGCUGGAAGCUCUGUCGGAGUACUGGAUCGCUUCCCACACCACCGAGGAGAAGGGGCUCAAUGUGACUCUCAGCUCCUUGGGCCGCAAUGGGCUCAUGUCCUAUGAGCUGAAGCUGUCUAACCUGAAAGUUAAGGGGCUGGAAAAGGAGCUGCAGUUCUCCUUGGACAGCAAGAUUAACGUGAAGGUGGGAGGAAACAGCAAAGGAACCUUGAAGGUGCUUCGUGCCUACAAUGUCCUGAACAUGGAGAACACGACCUGCAACGACCUUCAAAUUGAAGUGACUGUCAUGGGCCACGUGGAGUACACCAUGGAAGCAAACGAGGACUUGGACUACGAGUAUGAGCAGCCAGAAGCCAGUGACGACCCAGGGGCCUAUUCCCAGCCCGUGACACCCUUGCAGCUGUUUGAGGGACGGAGGAACCGCCGCAGGAGGGAGGCACCCAAGGUGGCCGAGAUGCAGGAGGCCAGAGUGCAGUACACCGUAUGCAUCUGGCGGAACGGCAAGCUGGGGCUGUCGGGCAUGGCCAUUGCGGACAUCACCCUCCUGAGCGGAUUCCACGCGCUGCAGGCUGACCUGGAGAAGCUGACCUCGCUCUCUGACCGCUAUGUCAGUCACUUUGAGAUCGAGGGGCCCCACAUCCUGCUGUACUUUGACUCGGUCCCCACCUCCCGGGAGUGUGUGGGCUUUGGCGCUGUGCAGGAGGUGGCCGUGGGGCUGGUGCAGCCGGCCAGCGCCACCCUUUAUGACUACUACAACCCCGAGCACAAGUGUUCUGUGUUUUACGGGGCACCAACUAGGAGCAAACUUUUGUCCACGCUGUGCUCUGCUGACGUCUGCCAGUGUGCCGAGGGAAAGUGCCCGCGACAGCACCGUGCCCUGGAGCGGGGGCUGGAGGAGGAAGACGGGUACAGGAUGAAGUUUGCCUGCUACUCUCCCCGGGUGGAUUAUGGCUUCCAGGUGAAGGUUCUCCGAGAAGAUGGCAAAGCUGCUUUCCGCCUCUUUGAGACCAGGAUCACCCAAGUCCUGCACUUCACCAACGAUGUCAAGGCCACUGUUGGUCAGACCCGCAACUUCCUAGUUCGAGCAUCAUGCCGCCUUCGCUUGGAAGCUGGGAAAGAAUAUUUGAUCAUGGGUCAGGAUGGAGUCACCCAUGAUCUCAAGGGAGAUCCCCAAUACCUGCUGGAAUCGAACAGCUGGAUCGAGGAGAUACCCUCUGAGCGCCUGUGCCGGGUCACCCGCCACCGGACAGCCUGCGCCCAACUCAAAGCAUUCCUCCAGGAGUAUGGCCUACAGGGCUGCCAGGUGUGAGGGCCGCCCUCCCACCCCGGGAGCCUGAGCUGGAAAAGGUGGCCCUGGACUGUUGCCACCCACCAGGCCCCCACCCAGGACCAACCUCUCAAUAAAGACCUUUGAGCAAA